AUGGCCGUUGAAGCUAGCUUCAUGAAUCUCAUGCCUUCUACCCAUUUACUCGCAACCAGAGAAAUGAUGAAAUCCAAUCAACAGCAACAAUAUCAGCAACAGCAGCAGCAACAAAUGAUGAACUCGAACAUGUACAAUGUUCCGAUGAAUUCCGCCAUGCCGAUUCCGACGACAAUGCAUGAAUCUAUGCUUCCGUUUUACCAAUCAAAUGUUUGUGAUCAAAACAGAGCAGAUAGUGGUCUCACUUAUAAUAAUCCUCUUCAAAGAAAAAGAUCUAGAGAUUUAUCAACUGAAUUGGUUUCUCUGCCACCUCAACAGAAAAACAGAGUAAUCUCUUCUGAAUCAUCUUCCUUUGCUGAUCAAGUUCUCUACCAAUUUCAGAAUCAACAAUCUGAAAUUGAUCGCAUCCUUGCUCAUCAUAAUGAAAAAAUGAGAAUGGAGUUGGAGGAACAAAAAAUGAGGCAAUCAAGAGUGUUGGCAUGCGUGAUUCAAGAAACAGUAGCAAAGAAAAUCAAAGAAAAAGACGAAGAAAUUCAAAGAAUAGGAAACUUAAAUUGGAUCCUUCAAGAAAGAGUAAAAAAUUUAAGUGCUGAAAAUCAGGUUUGGAGAGAGUUAGCACAAACCAACGAAACUACAGCCAAUUAUCUCCGCAACAAUUUAGAACAAGUCAUGGCACAUGUCAAAGAGGGACAACAUCAUGCCGCAUUGAUCGAGGAUGAUGCCGAAUCGAGCUGCGGCAGCAAUAAUGCUGCCGAUGAUGCGGACGAUACUGCGGCGGGGCCGAUAAUCGGCGGUGGUGGUGGUUUGGUUAGGUUGUGUAAGAAUUGUGGGGUGAGGGAAUCAAUUGUGCUGUUAUUACCAUGUAGGCAUUUGUGUCUUUGUAAUGUGUGUGGGUCCAGUGUUAGGAAGUGUCCAGUUUGUGACUCUGGCAUGGAUGCUAGUGUUCAUGUUAAUCUUUCUUAG